AUGAACCUUUCACUGGUGGGUAACAUCACACAACCCAAGAUUUUGCGGGACAGCUUGAGCACAGCAGUGGCUAAGAAUGUGAUAGUGGUUGGUUUGUGCAUCUCCAUCAACUAUAUCAACGGCACGCUCGUCCACACCUUCAUCAAGCAUGAGAUCUUCACCGGAAACCCUCGGUACAUUCUCUUCAUUCACAUGGUGUUCAACGACAUGAUUCAGCUGAUGAUUGCAGUUAUUCUUCAUGUGUUAAGCUACGCUGUGUUUACUAUCAAUGUCUCUUUCUGCUGUGUUCUACUGAUGAGUGCUAUAUUCACAACCCUCAACACACCGCUGACCCUCGCCUCCAUGGCUAUCGAGCGCUACAUUGCCAUCUGCAACCCUUUGCGUCACGUUCAGAUCUGUACCGUUCUACCAGACCUGUUCAUCCUGCUGGCUAUACAACCGCAGACCUUCUUCUACAGCAAUAUCUUCUGCUACAGAGAUUAUCUGUUCAAUAACCCAUAUAUAGUAGAAAAAAGAAAUGUUGUGUAUAUCAUUUACCUGGCAUUUGUGUGGCUGACUAUAGCGUAUACUUACUUAAAGAUCAUGUUUGUUGCAAAGGCCACAAAUUUGGAUGCUCGCAAAGCUCGGAGUACCAUCAUCCUACAUGGAAUCCAGCUUCUGAUGUGCAUGCUGACGUUUGUUGGGCCCUUCCUGGACAGGCUGCUGGCGGAAAUGUUUCCGAUGUUGAUUCUGGAGAUGAGAUUUUUAAGUUAUAUAGUAAUCCAGAUAAUGCCCAGGUUUAUCAGUCCUAUUGUGUAUGGCGUGAGGGAUAAAACAUUUUGUAAAUACCUGAAAAGAUACUUACUGUGUACAAUGUUCGAGAUGAGGAGAACUCUUCAACCCAAAAGGAAUUUGGCGAAAGUUUCCAAUAAAUCCAUAUGA